GAAUCAAACCGGAAAAAAAAAAACAGUAGUACGAUAAUAACGAAAACAAAAUAAAAAACAAAAAACAAAAAACAAGAAAAACAUAAACAAAAGACAUGUUAUUCUUUCACAUGUUUCAUCAUCACUUUCUUCAUUCUCUGAAUCUCAAUUUCAUCCCCUUCUUUUCUAUCCAUUCAACUUGAUCUACUCUUCCUCACUAUCCACAAUUUUUUCACUUGAAUCUAUGAACAACAAUAGAUAAGUGAUGGCGGCUGCAGAAGCGAGGACUCUGUGGCAGAGAACUGCGAAUCGGUGCUUUGUGCAAGAAGAUGCAAAAAGAGCUCCCAAGUUGGCUUGUCGUCAAUCUUCAAGUGCAUCGUCGAAACUGGUUGAUGCUGGACCUACGAAUACAGCAGACGAAUUGGAUUGCGCUGCGGUUAAAUCCGCCCAUUUUAGCAGCAAAUCAUCGUUCUGUAAUCCAUCACCUGAUCCUAGGUGGUGGUUGCAUUCACAUUCACAAUCACAACCUAGUUAUGGUUAUCAAAAAGGUUUGACAAAUGAAAAGUUAAGUGAAUUGGAGAAAGAGGUUGAAAAUUUGAUGGCUAGUGAUGAAAGUAAGGCAUCUAGUAAAAGUUCUUUAGUGUUUCUUGAAUUAAAGGAUGUGAUGGAAAAGCACGAGAAAAUGGAGAACGAUUCAAUAGCUUGUUCGUUAGGCUCCAAGCAAACGAAGGAUUUUUCCUCGGAACCAGACUAUUCUUGGAUUGAAGGUGAUAAAGCCGAGCCGUGGUGGCGGAUGGCAGAUAGAGAUGAGUUAGCUUCCUUUGUUUCGAACAAAUCACUUAACCAUAUUGAGAAUUGCGAUCUUCCUCCUCCUAAGAAGAAGCAUCUUAGUGGAUACUCUUGCUCUAGUAUUAUGAGUACUAAUGAUGACAAAACAAAGACAGCAUCUUAUAAUUUGGAAGCCAAAUCCGGAAGGUUUUCCAAUUCGAAGAAGGGUCCUUCUGCCAAUGAAGGACUAUUGUAUUUUGCAUCGGCCAAAUCUUCAAGUGAUACCCCUACUCACGACGAUGACGAUGUCAAGCAAAGUAUACAAAUUUCUGAGGGAGACACUAGCAAAGCACAAUUGAUGGAGGCAUUAUGUCACUCUCAAACACGCGCACGGGAAGCAGAGGAAGCAGCGAAACAAGCUUACGCAGAGAAAGAACACAUUGUUACACUCAUUUUUAAACAAGCUUCACAACUCUUUGCCUAUAAGCAAUUGAUUAAACUGCUGCAGCUGGAAACUCUCUGCAACCAGAUCAAGAAUAAUGAUCAGUCAACCUCAACUCUCUUUCCGGUUGCUCUUCCAUGGAUGUCGGAUGAACGCAGGAAAUCACGGAAGAGAAAGCAAACAUAUUCCAACGGCAGACGUGACAGAAAAGGCAAGGCGAAUUGUGAUAUUACAACGUAUGCGGUUGCAAUUGCUUUAGGGUUAAGUCUUGUUGGAGCAGGCUUGCUAUUAGGAUGGACUGUUGGUUGGAUGUCACCAUGUUUAUAGUUCUGUAAUAUAUUUGAAUCAUUGUAUUGCUUGUCAUAAGUAAGUUAUCAGAUUUGUCUGUAUUUUUGUAGAUUAGUUAGUACAUAAACUGUACAUUUUGCUUUGUAAUUUUGGAUUGAAUUGAGAUUAUGCAUGUAAAUCUUUCUGUGAUGAUGAUGAAAAAACACCUAGGAUUUGUAUUUA